GAAACCUCUUUAUAAGCACAUACGUGUACUCGAUACUUCACGCAUCAUGUUUUUCUCUUAUUUUUCCAUAAUAGAUGACAAAAACAUUUCGAGGACAGUCUGCGUAAAUAUCAUAAAAAUGCACACAUCGAGAAAAACAUUUACGUAACUCUUCAUGCUAUUAACUUACAAAAAUAUUUAUAACUCAAGAACGAUUGAGCUUUCGAUCUGUAACUUACUAAGGUUUUUUUUUUUACUUCGUAUGAUGUGUACUACUCACCAUAUAAAUAUGAAAUAGUUUUCUUUGAACAUCCCGUAUGCGAUUAUUAAGCAGAAUAAAACGACCUUUCACAGAGAUUUAAUAAAUCAUCGAGUCUCGUGUAAUCAGAACUUCACAUUUCAUGCCCAUUUUCACGGAAAACGAGAUCUAUCAGUGAUAAGGCGCAAUAAUUUCCUACGUAUCUACUGUAGCAAAGUGAUAAUAGCAGAUACGAUAACGAUAGAUCCGAUAACGAGAAAGUCGUCGCAUCGCAUUCUAGCAAUUUGGAUAGUUCGGCGUACGCGCAACUAGCCGAUUAUUAUCAAUACCGAGUAUUGUUACGAUAAUACCUGUAAUCAAACGGGACGUGUUCAAUAGAGUGCUACUCGCGAUGCAGUUUAUAUCUCUCGGCAAUGCCCGGGACGUUUUCGUCGACAGUAGACGUCGCUCGCGAAUCUUGUCUCGGUAAGAUCGCUUUCGUCCGAUGCGUCAAAGUGAAGUUCUAGUUUCGCCUCGCUUACCUUCAUUCGCGCCUAGACCGUCUCUUUAAACUUUCCUCCGCGAUUUCAAAAUUGAUGCAAAAAACUUGUGCGUAUCGGAUGACCAAAGAACGUGCGUGUCUUUAAAGAGUUAUAAACGCUUACCGCACGAUCGGAACAGUUUAACGUUAUACGUUUAUAAAAAAAUGUGAUAGAGUAGAAUAAUCAAUUUACAGAUAUUUUUCUGUCAAUUAUCCCUUCGAACAUCAUUUUUACAUCUCUUGCUUGCGACUAGCAUUUAAAAUAUUCGGAACGAAACGUCGGGAAGAACAAGCUACUUAAGAGAAUUCUCCCUCUCUUCCUUUCCUCGUUGAAUUCGAUACGGCGCUCUCCUGAUAGAAAGAAAAAACAGAGCGGAACGGGAUGCGCAAGACGGGUGUGAUAAACUUGCGCGUGUAUCGAUCAGCUAUAGUGAUGCCGUAGAGUUCCUUCUAGGCGAAUCCCCAGGACGCAUCAUGUCCUGCUUCGACACCCUCUUCUUCGGCACCGACCGCACCGGCGCCAUCGAAUUCAGGCUGCUCGGCAGGGAUAGAAUCGAGGACGCCCUAAUCGUGCAGCAGGACUCCAUGCGGCAGGAGUGCAUCGCGAUCGGUAUGGGUAUGUACGAGGAUCCCGGCGCUCCCGAAGAGAUGCAACUGGUCUUCAGGGAGGUCAUUAAGGACGGGUGCACGAUGAUCGCGGUCGAUCGAUCGGACCGCGUUGUCGCCGUGGCGUUCAACAAGUUACACAGGCCUCCUCAGCCGGAAGAAAUGGAUGCCUUUGGAUUUUUCAUAGAAAACAACAUUAAGCAUCGCUCGUGUCGGAAUCUGAUUGAGUUCAUCGAUGACGUAGAAUCGCGAGUAGACGUCUUUCAGAAGUACAACGCACGAGGCGCGAUGGAAAUUUUCUACAUAGGUACGGAUCCAAAGUAUCAGGAGCGUGGUAUCGGUCGGGAGAUCACGGAGAAGAGCUUGGAGAUGGCGCGGGGCUUGCACGCCAGGAAGCUAAAGCCGAUUUGCGUGGCCGACGAAAUCGUCAAAGAGCACGUACGACCAGAAGUGGUUUUCGCUGUCGCUGCCUCGACAUUUAGCCAACGAAUCUUCGAAAAACUGAACUUUGAAACGCUCGCCGAGGUACAGUACAAGGAUUACGUACGUGGUGGCAAGAGGAUGUCCGACAGAAUAGGCCACGUGCACAAAACGGCCGUAUUAACCGCCCAAAAGCUUUGAGAAUAUCGGUUUUUAUUCUGGAUCUCACUUAAAAUAAAGUCGCAUUUAUGUCAAAGAAAAGGCAUUGGUAUUUAAAAUUUGCUCUAACGAGAGGGAAAGAUUAAGUUCCUAUAAUCACAUCAAGAAUUCCUAGAAUAUUAUACGAAUAUUAUUAAAAAUUAAAAUAAUAUUAAAAUAAUAUUCUGAAAAUAUUAUUCCAAGAAUAUAAUAUUUUUUUAAUAUUACAGGAGUAUUGUAUUAUAUGUCCGCUUUGUAUAAUAUCCGUGGUAUAUUAUGUCAAUAUCCGAGGAAUAUUAUGAAAAUGUUCUGCGAAUAUUAUUUUUGUUAAAAAAUUAAUGUGAAUUAUUAUGCCUAAAAUAUUCAUAAACUUUAUAAUUAUUAUGUUUGAAAGUUAUAAUGCUCCCGGUAAUUUAAAGUAUUAAAGUAAAUAUUUACUUCUCAUAUAAUGAUCAUAUAAUAUUAUCAAGAGUGGACAUGUAACCACUUUUUAUUAAUAUUAAAUAAUAUUUCAAGAAUAUUAUUUAAUAUUAAAUAAUAUUGUAGCGCUCAUAGGGAUAGUAUUAUACAUGUUGUAUAAAAAUAAUUUAGACAGCAUGUUGUAACGUCGUUAAUAGAAUGUAAUACGAUGUUAUACAAAAUAAUACAUUAGUACUGUUACAUAUGAGCGCAUUAAUCAACUUAAAAUUAGUACUAAAGUUAAAAUAUAUAAUAUAUAUACACAUAAUUAUUAAUAGAUUAAUAUUAUAGAGAGGUUAUAAAAUAUUUAUAUCUAUAUGCACAAAAGAGUCGGUGAAAAUGAAGCUAGCUGACUAUUACGCGUUUAUUGCUAUGCAAAUUGUAAAAACUGUAUUGAAAAUUACAUCUUUGUUAAUCAGCUUCAUAACAAUUAUACCAAGAACACUGUCUAUUUCCUCACUAAUUUUUUUCCUACACUGUAAAACGAAUUUGUAAAAUUGUUCGAACGGGUGUAAACAUUAUUGUACACAUCUCCGUUAUAAAUUAUACAAUUUUUACACUCUUUUUUACAGUGUACUGAUUGUAAGACAGAGAAAGAUUUAAUUAAUCCAAUUAAUUAAAUUACUGCCAUUAUAAAUUAUACAAUUUUUAUGCUUUUUUUCACAGUGUACUGAUUAUAAGACGGAGAAUGGUUUAAUUAAUCAAUUUAUUGCUAGCUGGCGCUGUCAAAAUUAAUUUUAACUAAUGCAAAUUUUUCGGAGAGGAAAAACGAUGUAACAAAGAUUUUUUAUAUAAGUAUAUAUGUAUAUAUAUAUAAGUAUGUUAGCACAUUUAAUAUAUCAUAUCCACGUCCGCAACAAAACACUCACAAUAGCAAUACCGUGCAGACAACAUUACAAUUCUGAGCGAAGCUUCUCAUCUCGGUGUAUUAUCACCCAUAAAAUUACGCGCAACGUGACGCGACGUGCAUCGUUAACAAAUCUCAAGCGUAAUAUCGACAAGCAGCGCACAUUAUCCGCGACAGUUUACAACGUCUCGAUCGAGCCGCGAUUAUCGCGAUUACGUUUACAGAUGCUUCGGCAAUGCUGCGGAAGACGACAACAAUCAUAUACGAAUAAUGCAAUGUUAGCUUCCGCGGCUUUUUGUGCGGUUAUUAACGCGUUUACUAUAACCGACGACGGAAUCACUGUGUAGAAAUGAUUAACCUAUUGCUUACAAUAUUUGUUCUCUAUGCUUGAGAGUUACUAUUAACGGUCACGUCUUUUUUUUUUCUAAAUGUAUUAACGCGUGUCUUUUCUCUGAAGGCUUUACGAUCGGAACUUUGCGCGAUGAUUAGAAAGACACAGUGCAUGGGAUUAUUAAUAAAAUCGCAUUAAAGCGUCGAGAUCUGAAGGGAAUGUCAUAUGAGACACACUCGCCUAUUGCUACUCUGACGUCGAAGAAAACUUGCCAUUCUCAAUUUCUUUAUAACGCUUUUCGUAAUAUUUUAAUGUUCAUAAAAACCUUUCUGUACAAGUUACGAAAAGAAAAAAAUAUUAAUAAUUUGGUAAGAUGUGUAUAAGAAAUAAAAGUGAUAUGUUAUUACUGCUAUUAAAAUUGUGGAUAAAUGAUUACUUCGUCAUACAUUGUUUUAUAAUAAAUAUUAUCCAAAUCUUUUGCUUUUCUACGAAAAAGAGCUUUUCAUAGAAAUUAGUACGGAUAUUAAUCAGAAGCAUUAUGACUUUGUGCAAAGCGCAGGUACACAUUAUCGACGAGAUCAACAAUUCUAAUUUGUAAAAUAAUUUACAAUACUUUCUAACUUCCAGCAACUUUUUUAUCAAUUUUACUUUAACAUGACGCAUUGGGAGACAUGCAGGCGAAACUAUUGCAUCACAAUGGAAUACAUCAAAAUCGAAAGUUAUAUUUGUAUGAAAGUAAUAUGUUUUUGUUGUUAAAUCAAACAUGACUUUCAUGCAGAAUCAUGACGAGAAUAAGCAAAUACAAUUUAAUUAUUGUAUUUCAGUGUUUUUCAAUUGUGUAGAGUCAAAUGAACAACUAGAAUUUCGCAUCUUCUUUUCAGUCUCGUUACCGGAAUCGAAUGAGGACGAAUGGAGGGAACAUUGAGUGUAGCAAUUUUUCAAAUUGCGCUUCAAUUCCUUUAUCUGAACUCUUGUAUAUAUAUAGAGUACGUUAAUUAUGUGACGUAUGUAUAUAUAUAUAUUGGCAUCUAUAAAUAAAUUAUAUCUCUAUGCUACACGCCGCAUACUUGUUCACGAAUUAACAAAUAUAUAUAUAUAUAUAUAUGUAUAAAUACGUACGCAGAAACUUGUUCUUGUACAGGUUUAAAAUUGAUGGAGAGCUUUGGCACACUAAGAUAUUAGUUUCAAUUUCGCGAAAAGCAUCCUCUAAAUUUUAGGAAAUGGAUAGUUACGUCAGAAAUAAAGCAAAAACUUUGUUAAAAAAAAAAAAAAAAA